CCACUCCCAAAUCUCCGUCACGCGUAUAAAGACGCGCCUUGACCCUUCGUGGGGUUCUCUCACGUUUUCCCAGCCUUACGGUGCUUCCAAUCCAUUGUUCAUUGCAUUGAGAAUCAGUGUCGUUUGCGGUCACUCCAUCCUUUAUCCAUUCCAUCAAUUCCGGAGUGAUUUACGAUUUACUUCAGCUCGGUCUCCUCUACAUAACACUCUUCAUCUCUCUCAGCUCCCUCGCCCACCUUCAAAAUGGCACAAAAAAGAGAUUGGGAGCACAGCGGGGCUAGCUGCUUCACGCCUUUCACAACCUGCCUCCUUUCGAACUGCUGUCCUUGCAUCACCUACGGACGUACCUAUCACCGCCUCACAAAAGGAAAAGAAUUGGAGGGCUACUCCUGCUGCAACCUACCUUGCGUCGGCUUCUGCCUACUGACCGGCUUCGGAUUAAGCUGGAUCAUGUCUAUGCUCCAGCGUGGCGAGGUCCGGGCCGGCUACCAGCUAAAAGGCAACGCCUGCACCGACUGCCUCUGUUCUUGCUGCUGCAUGCCCUGCGAUCUGACCCAGCAGGACAAGGAAGUCCAAUUCCGAGAGCGCGAGAAGGCCGAAAAGGCCCACCUCAUCGUCAACGAGCAGCCCAACAAGGAGGCCAACAUGGGAUACCAGCCACAGCCACAAUACCAGCCACAGCAGGCCUACCAGCCACAUGGGCAGCAACAGCCGUCAUAAUACCCACCACAAUACCAGCAGCAGCCGCAUCAGCAUUGAGUGAUGCUAGACGUGACGUAGGAACGAAGAAAUGGGGAUGUAUGGACUGUUGAUUUGGGACACUGGGAGGGGAAGGAUUUGAAUGCGUCCAGGGCGAAUACCAGACCGGCUAUGUUUUUUUCUUCUGUAC